GGCCCCGGCCGCGCCUCCUCUGCGGGGCCAUAGUCCGGGGCGGGCUCGCCGCGCCCGGCUGAGCGGUGCCGCUGCUCGCCAGCCCUCGCGCUCCGCUCGCCGCCGCCGUGCCGGGCCGGGCGCGCUCCCCGCGAUGUGCGCGCAGCGGCGGGCGGCCGCCGGCCCGCUCCCUUAGCCCUGCCGGCAGCGCGGCGGCUGGCGGGGCCCACCGGGAAGUUUGAUGGCUUCUUUGCGGAGAGUCAAAGUGCUGCUGGUGUUAAACCUGAUCGCCGUGGCUGGCUUCGUCCUCUUCCUGGCCAAGUGCAGACCCAUCACGACCAAGAGCGGCGACUCCUUCCAUGACAUCCAUCCCAGGGCAGAAGUGACCAACUUGACAGCCCAUGGCAUCAGCUCCAUCCAGGAUGCAGUGCUGAAGAGGCUCUCGCUCCUAGAAGACAUAGUCUACAGGCAGCUGAAUGGUCUGUCCAAGUCCCUUGGUCUCAUUGAGGGCUAUGGUGGCCGUGGCAAGGGUGGCCUCCCAGCCACCCUGUCCCCUGAGGAGGAGGAGAAAGCCAAGGGACCCCAUGAGAAGUAUGGCUACAACUCCUACCUCAGUGAGAAGAUCUCCCUGGACCGUUCCAUCCCGGAUUAUCGCCCAACCAAGUGCAAGGAGCUCAAGUACGGGAAGGACCUGCCGCAGAUCUCCAUCAUCUUCAUCUUUGUGAACGAGGCGCUGUCGGUGAUCCUGCGCUCGGUGCACAGCGCUGUCAACCACACCCCCGCGCCCCUGCUCAAGGAGAUCAUCCUGGUGGACGACAACAGCGACGAGGAGGAGCUGAAGGCGCCGCUGGAGGAGUACGUCAACAAGCGCUACCCGGGGCUGGUGAAGGUGGUGCGGAACCAGAAGAGGGAGGGGCUGAUCCGGGCCCGGAUCGAGGGCUGGAAAGCUGCCACUGGCCAGGUCACCGGCUUCUUCGAUGCCCACGUGGAGUUCACAGCCGGCUGGGCAGAGCCCGUGCUCUCCCGGAUCCAGGAGAACAGGAAGAGGGUGAUCCUGCCCUCCAUCGACAACAUCAAGCAGGACAACUUCGAGGUGCAGCGCUACGAGAACUCGGCGCACGGCUACAGCUGGGAGCUGUGGUGCAUGUACAUCAGCCCCCCCAAGGACUGGUGGGACGCCGGGGACCCCUCCCUGCCCAUCAGGACCCCUGCCAUGAUCGGCUGCUCCUUCGUGGUCAACAGGAAAUUCUUUGGGGAGAUUGGGCUGCUGGACCCCGGCAUGGACGUGUAUGGAGGGGAGAACAUCGAGCUGGGCAUCAAGGUGUGGCUGUGCGGGGGCAGCAUGGAGGUGCUGCCCUGCUCGCGGGUGGCGCACAUCGAGCGCAAGAAGAAGCCCUACAACAACAACAUCGGCUUCUACACCAAGCGCAACGCGCUGCGCGUGGCCGAGGUCUGGAUGGACGACUACAAGUGGCACGUCUACAUCGCCUGGAACCUGCCCCUGGAGAAUCCAGGGAUUGACAUUGGGGAUGUGUCUGAGAGGAAAGCCUUGAGGAAGAGCCUGAAGUGCAAAAAUUUCCAGUGGUACCUGGACCAUGUUUAUCCAGAAAUGAGGAGAUACAACAACACCAUUGCUUAUGGAGAGCUGAGGAACAACAAGGCCAAGGACGUGUGUCUGGACCAGGGCCCUCAGGAGAACCACACAGCAAUUCUGUACCCCUGCCAUGGCUGGGGCCCUCAGCUGGCCAGGUACACCAGGGAGGGGUUCCUGCACCUGGGGGCUCUGGGCACCACCACGCUGCUGCCCGACACGCGCUGCCUGGUGGACACGGGCAAGAGCCGCUUCCCGCAGCUGCUGGACUGCGACAAGGUCAAGAGCAGCCUCCACAAGCGCUGGAACUUCAUCCAGAACGGAGCCAUCCUGAACAAGGGCACGGGCCGGUGCCUGGAGGUGGAGAACAGGGGCGUGGCCGGCAUCGACCUGAUCCUUCGCAGCUGCUCGGGCCAGAGGUGGACAAUUAAAAACUUCAUCAAGUAGAGGCUGAAAGAGUCAGGGGAUCUGACUUGAGCCACGGCCGACACGGACUGAUCUGCCUGGACUGCUUUGGAAAGGAUGGACUAUCAACCAGAGCUUUAUUCGUGUUCCUAGGAGAGGACCUGGGGGAGAUGGGCAUUUGUGGCUUUAUUUUUACCAUUUGUGAGUCUCCCCCAGCUGAUGCCAGCUGUGUGGAGCUGGCUCAGAACUGCUGUUCCCUCUGGCCAGCACUCCAAGAGGUGCCACCUUCCCUGCUGGGGCAGUCUGGGAGCAUUUACUGACAGGGAAUUUCUGCUCUCCCACACAACUCCAAGCUCUCCCAAAGGGCUGGGGAGGUUUGCACCACGACCCUGGACAGACCUGCCUGGCAAGUGUGGAAACUGAGCAGCUUGGGAGAGGAAAAGGUUUCCAAGCCCUAAAGGAGCUGAGUUUAAAGGAUGUGGUGUUUUGCUGGGUCUUUGUUCCCUUUUUCCUUUCCUGCCCCUGUAUCCAGCUGCCCCCUCCCUGAGUUUUGGAGAAGCAAAAGACCCCAGCAGCUUCCAGGUAUCUUUCCAACCCUUAAUCACAGAAGCUACCAAAAAAAAAAAAAAAAUGCAGUGAAAUAAACCCCCUGACCUUCCCUUGCCCCCCUCUCCAUCACCCACACGCUGCUGGUCAAACCAGCACCUCCCUCCAUCCCAAAGGGGUUCCCUUGGGAAUGACCUGGGGUGUCUGCCUGCCCUUCUGGGUGACAGCAGGAAUGUUCUCUGAGGCUUGAGCACCCCGUCCUGCCUGGUCAGCCUGGCCAAGGUCCCCCCAGAGUCACUGCAGCUCUUCCUGAGCUGUGGGAGAGACAGGGAGGGAGGCCAAGGCACCAACAAAUGGCAGCUUGGCUGAGAUUCAUGGCCCUGAAGUCACUGCAGGCUUGUUACUCUGGUGGAGGGAUCUCAGCUGAUUUCUUUUUGGCUCACAGUAAUCCUGGCUGCCAAAUCUUGGCUACCAAAUCCACCUGGGAGACCUCUGCUUGGGGUCCUGACACGUGGCUGUCUGGAAAAGGGAAACACGAUCCUGCAGAAUUGCUGCACGUGGAUGGACACAGGCUCUGCUCAGCAGGGAGGAGAAACCAGCCCAUCUCCUGUCCUUCUCCCAGAAUAAUCCUCUUUGUGGCUGCCCUCUGGCUAGGGUACACUAAAAUAGAUUAAUAUAUGAGAUGUAUGUGUAAAUAUGUUUCCCAAGCUGGGAUGUGCACAGAGUCCUUUGCUGCAGAGCACUCAUGCCUGUCUUCCAUUUGCAUCAGGAUGAAGCUCCCUGGAUGUAGAACGAGCUGAAUUUCCAAUGCCAUGCAGCAGGUUUAUAACUGAUGUUUUAGUAAUUUAUUGAACAGAAGCAGAUCUAUUUCAUUGUUCCUUCUACAGCAACGAGCAUCACCUAGGACUGAUUAUUCAUUUAGGCUUUACAAGGCUCCCUCAACCACUGGGGCUGUCUCUGAUUUUUCCCCUGCCUUCGUUAAUGAAGUAAAACCUCUUAGUUGUCCUGACUUGCAGAGUAGAGAGUCAAUGUAGAAUUUUGCUCUCUUUUUCGCUGUUGCAUCAUCUCUUGUGUAAUAAAUUUGAGCACUCCAAACCUGACAUGACCACAAGUCUGUGGAUGCAUGAGCCAGCUCCCCUUGCCUUUGUUGCUGCCUUCUAAGAGAAGCAAUUUCCUGGUGACUCCAGGAAACCUUGAGGGCUUUGAGACCCCACAGCCCUGGUCCAGCUGGUGAAAUGCCCUUAAAGUGAGCAAACACUGGAGGGGAGAGCUGUGUGGGCAGGAAAAGCAGCCAGCCAGCCCCUGGAUGUUGCCUGUGCUGUAACUCAGCCCAGCUCGAGCCCUGCCAGUGCCCAGGGUGGCAGCAGAUGGCUUUUGUCACAUGUCACAGUGGUGGGACGAGGUGCCCCAACCCCCAGAGCUGCUCCCACAUCCCAUCCUGGCUGUGCUGGGCCCUGGCAGGAGGGCCUGCCUCUGUCCCUGCCUCUGCCCCAGUCCCUGCCUCAGUCCCAGUCCCAGCCCCUGCCUCUGUCCCAGUCCCAGUCCCUGCCUCUGCCUCUGUCCCAGUCCCUGCCUCUGUCCCUGCCUCUGCCCCAGCCCCAGUCCCUGCCUCUGCCCCAGUCCUAGUCCCUGCCUCUAUCCCAGUCCCAGUCCCUGCCUCUAUCCCAGUCCCUGUCUCUGCCCCAGCCCCUGCCUCUGCCCCAGUCCCUGUCUCUGUCCCAGCCCCUGCCCCAGUCCCAGCCCCUGCCUCUAUCCCAGUCCCUGCCCCAGUCCCAGUCCCUGCCCCAGUCCCAGUCCCUGUCUCUGCCCCAGUCCCUGCCCCUGCCCCUGCCCCAGUCCCAGUCCCAGCCCCUGCCUCUAUCCCAGUCCCUGCCCCAGUCCCUGCCUCUGUCCCAGUCCCAGUCCCUGCCCCAGUCCCUGCCUCUAUCCCAGUCCCUGCCCCAGUCCCAGUCCCUGCCUCUAUCCCAGUCCCUGCCCCAGUCCCAGUCCCUGCCCCAGUCCCUGCCUCUAUCCCAGUCCCAGUCCCUGCCCCAGUCCCAGUCCCUGCCUCUGUCCCAGUCCCUGCCCCUGCCCCAGUCCUGCCUGUCCCUGGUCCCCCCGGGGUGGCCACGUGUCCUGGUGCCACUGCAGUCCCCGUGCAGGUGGCACAGGGCACCCGGGGCACGGGGAUGCUGCUGCUGCUGCUGCUGGCUCUGGAUCCUUUGGAACGUUCAGGCCCUUCCCUCCUGCUCCAGAAGGAAAAGCAGCCCCUGCCUGAGCACGAGGGAGGUGGGGAUGAGCCCUGGGCUCCAGGCUCCAGCUGGGGCAGAGCCCCCGGGAGCUGUUGGUCCCUUCUCCUGCUCCAGCUGCAGCUUCUGAACAACUGGAAAGAGUCAGCAGCAAAAUCAGGCUGGGAAGUGGGAAUUUCCUCUGCUCUUCUGUCCUGACUCCGUUUGUGACUGCAGGGUGACCCCAGGGCUGCACCCCCACCCCGGAGAAAUCUGAGAUCUGGGUCUCCUUGUGGCAUCUCGCUUAUCUCUAAUCAUCUGUUAAUUGCUUUAAGAAGUGAUCUCCAAGUUAGUCUUAUUAAAUAUCUGAUUU